UUGCCUUGAAAGCGUUUUCGAUAAAUCGUGUAAACCGGUCUCUCCACAAGAAGUAAGAAAAGAAAAAAGACCCACAAAACUUCUUUAUUCUUUGCAUUAUCAAAAAGGUUUAGUGCCAACACUGUUUGCUUUCCCAUUUUGUUGUCAUCAACCCUUUCUGAUUCUGUUUUCAUUCAUUUGCAUAAUCCAAAAAAUGGCAGCAGAAAGCAAAAAAGUCAUCAUUGACACUGACCCUGGAAUUGAUGAUGCAAUAGCAAUAUUUGUGGCACUUCAAUCUCCUGAAAUAGAGGUGAUUGGACUCACAACAAUAUUUGGUAAUGUCCACACAACUCUGGCCACCAGAAAUGCUUUACAUCUGUUGGAGGUAGCUGAGAAGUCAGAUAUUCCAGUGGCUGAAGGCUCGCACAUUACAAUCACCGAAGGCGCAAAACUUCAAAGUACCGGUCAUGUUCAUGGCAUGGAUGGACUGGGGAACCAAAACAUUCAUCCACCCAAAGGAAAGCCUAUUGAACAGACUGCAGCUGAAUUUCUCAUUCAACAAGCUUGUAUUUACCCCGGAAAGGUCACUGUAGUGACCUUGGGCCCCCUUACAAAUAUAGCACUUGCCAUUCAGUUGGAUCCUGAAUUUUUUAAAAACAUCGGCCAAAUUGUUGUUCUUGGUGGUGCUUUUGCUGUAAAUGGAAAUGUGAAUCCAGCAGCUGAGGCUAAUAUCUUCAAAGAUCCAACUGCUGCUGAUAUUGUAUUUACCAGUGGUGCUGAUGUUCUUGCUGUUGGAUUAAAUAUUACACAUCAAGUGGUCCUUACAGAUUCUGAUCGCGGCGAGUUGGAAAAGUCUAAUGGAAAAUUUGCCAAGUACCUCUGCAAGCUUUUGGAUGUCUAUUUCGAUUAUCACCAUACUGCAUACAGCUCAAGAGGUGUUUUCCUUCAUGAUCCAACUGCCUUACUUGCUGCUGUUAAUCCAUCGCUUUUCACCUAUUCAGAAGGUGUGGUUUGAGUUCAGACUGUUGGCAUCACGAAGGGUCUCACAAUCUUUUAUAACAAGAAGAAAAGGUUUGCUGAAGUCACUGAAUGGUCUGAUAAACCCUCAAUCAAAGUGGCAGUAACAGUUGAUGCUCCAAAAGUUCUCAAACUAGCAAUGGAGCGACUCGUCAAUUCUUAAAAGUAUUCUUAUGUUAUUUGUUUUUCUGCACUCAAUACUUGAAAUCUCCUUCAGAAAUUUAUAGAGAUGGGAAAGUUGUAUGCUA